CUCCGUCACUCUAUCGCGCGCGAGAGACCAGAUCACCAUGGACAUGGCACGAUACGUCGCGUUCCACCAGCAGUGGAUCGCGGGCCAGAAGGCGGGCCUCGGCGAGCUCGCAGAGGCGGCAGGCAAUGCCGCCGCCGGGCGCGCCACGGACGCGGAGUUGAGGGCGGUGGUGGAGAGGUGCAUGCGCGGGUAUCAUGAGUACGCCGCCAGCCGGCGUGCCAUGGCGCGCGAGAACGGCGCCGCCUUCGUCGCGCCGCCGUGGUGCACGGCGUUUGAGAACUCCGUGCUCUGGCUCGGGGGCUGCCGGCCGUCGCUGGCCAUCCGGCUUCUCUACUCCAUCUCCGGCGAAGGCUUGGAGGAGGACAUCGAGGAGUUCGUCAGCGGCCGCGGCCGCGGUCGCGGCCGCGGCCUCGCAGAGGAGAUGGGUCUCAUCGGAAUCACGGCCACGCAGCUGCAACAGAUCAACGACCUCCACCGCUGGACGCUGCGCGACGAGGGUUACCUGACGGAGCGCCUCGCAAGUCUGCAGGAGAACAUCGCCGACCGGCCGCUGCUUCCUAUCGUCCGGGAGCGCGCGGCGGCAGCAUUAACCGACCAGGACCGGAGCGCUAACUGCCACAACAUCCCCGGGCGGCUCGUGGCAGCAGAAUCGUCAGGAGGACUCGCCGCGGAGGUGGACGCGGCGAUGGAGAGCUACUCGGCCGGUCUGGCCAGGCUCCUGGAGGAAGCGGACGAGCUGCGCAUGUCGACGGCCAGGGCGCUGGCCACGGAGAUCCUGACUCCGCGGCAGGCGGUGGAGAUGCUGAUGGCGGCCAAGCAGCUGCACCUGGCGGUGCGCGAGUGGAGCCGCCGGAAGGAGGGCGCCCAGAACGCGCGUCUGCCGCUCGCAGCCGCAGCGACGACCGCCUCCUCCGGCACAAACCCAUGACAGGCUCGCCAUUCCCCAACUAGCUUGCUUGCGGCUCCAAGCGUAUACAAUCUGAAUAAUCUGUCUAUUCUGGAUUUUAGAUUAGAUAGAUAGUAUGAGUAUCGUUGUUUCUCUACUCGCCGUUAUAUGACCAGCCUGUAGAAACUGCAUGCUUGUGUUCUACCAAGUUCAUUUUUCAUAGUUGAUACUCCUACAUAAAUUCCUUGGAAUC